CAUUUCGGUACUGCUAAGCAGCAGAGAUGGGAUUGCCACAGUAUUUCAACUUUACCGACAACAUCCGGACGCACGCCAUGUUCGUGGGUGUGAUGCUGUCCCGGGACGCGAUCUUAACACUGAUUGUUAGUGUGGCGUGGUUCCUGGAGGCAGACAACUUUCCCGAUGAUAUGAAGCCCAGCUUCAAAGGCAGCGUCUUUGUCGUGGGUAUUGUGAAUACGCUCUUUGCACUCUUGUACUGGAUUGGAUAUCUUAAGCGUAAACGAUGGUGUAUGACAGUGUUUAUCGGAUUCAUAUCCGUCGCGAUCACGAUUCAGUCUAUCGGGCUAGUCGGUGCGAUAGUGAAGUUGUACCUUCUCACCGCGUGCACAAUACUGACAGUGCUGUCCAUCAACGGGUACGUGCUGCUGGUGACGCUGGAGCUACGUAGAACCAAUUUUGAACCUACGAAGCCGCAACUAGCGAACUGUGUCUAAAUGUGUCUUCCCGUCAAGAGAUUAUUAUAGUGAUGCAUUUACAUGUAUCAAACGCACCAUAUUGUUGAUAAGACAGAGGACGUUCCAUCCGCUCUCCCGCAACAACAAUCACGGCCUAAGCCCAAUGCUGCUUUGAAGUGACCGUGAAGCUACACGCAUAAUCCAAAUUGCAUUCUAACCAACUGCACUGAUUUUACGCCCUUAUCAUGCGGGAACCUUCAUCUGUAGUGCAGGACUUUCGUUUUCUGGGUCGGCGAUAAGCUAAUCAACUAUUGCAAUGGAUUCGUUCCGCGCGGGAACUUUGUGCAUGCGCAAAGCAAACGAACGGUUUCUGUAGAAAAAUCAAACAAAUAACGUCUAAUUAUGAUUGACAUAAUACAGUACACUUUGGUAAGCAGCUUUUUCAAAGUGAUUUUUAAUCCAAUUUAAGGGACAGAGAUCGCAGCAAAGAUUACUUUUAAGAAAUGUGACUCUAAUACGAUGUUCUGUGUGAUGACAAAUCUUCUAGAUGAGCGCUUGAUAAUAAUAAAAUAGCGAGCAUUGCAAACAUCCUA